AUGUCUUCACUACAAAAUCACUCUUCUCAACCUCUUCCUUUAAAGCAUUUAUUGAGAAACUACACAACUGCUCAUCCUCUACGUUCGCCAUCACCUUUACCACCUUCUUCAAGAGUAGAUCCAACAUUGACCCAAAGACUUCCACCACCCACUUCUGCAAGUCCAUUAUUAUGGACACUAUCAACAUGGUGGUUAUUUCUUAGAUUCGUGUUCACAAAAGGAUUACAUGUUAUAUGGAAUCUUUUAUGUCAUUUUCUAUUUGGUCCAAAAAGGAAAUCAUGGGGAUAUAGAAUGACAUUUAUAACUUCAUUCAUGAGAAAUAUUGCAGAUCAUUCAUCUUUAGCUGAUAUAGUACUUGUAAGAAGAUUUAUAUCAUUACAUUUCCUAGUACCUUUACCUGGAGAUGCUGUAGUAACACCAAUAACGUUCAAAGUUCCCCUAAGAAAAGAAGACGAAGUCGCAAAAGGUUUUCUGAAAGAUUACGAUAUAUUAGAAGAUGGAAAUAGAGAAUUGAGUGGUGAAUGGGUGGUAGGAACGGAUGUUUGGAAGAAACUGAAAGCUGAAAGAAAAGCCAAGAACAAGAGGAGAAGGAAAUCCAAUACUGCAUCUAAAGAGAAUACUGUCGGAUCUGGAUUAGGUGUCGAAUCACAGAUGGAGAAGUUAUCAACCAUACCAAUACAAACCACAACACCCACACAAACGACCGAUUCUGAGACCGAGAAGACUGGGGAAAGAGUCAUCUAUUACGUUCACGGCGGAGCUUACUACGUUGGAAAUGCUGCUACCCAUAGACUGAUCACUAUCGGUGUUAGCAAAAGUUGUAAUGCUAGGGUAUUCGCAAUCACAUAUCGACUAGCACCAGAACACGCUUUCCCUUUACCGCUUCAUGAUGUCCUUCAAGGAUAUCUUCGUCUACUAUCACCUCCUCUUUCCAUCCCUCCAGAGAACAUCAUCAUCGCAGGUGAUUCAGCAGGUGGGGGUCUGAGUCUCGCUCUAUGCAUGUAUCUACGGGAUGAAGGAUAUAAGCUUCCUGCUGGACUGGUGUUGAUGAGUCCCUGGGUAGAUUUAACGAUGAGUUGUGGAAGUUGGGAUGAAAAUGCUGCAACCGAUGUUGUUCCUAGACCUGAGGCUGAUGAUCAUCUGAAUCCGGUAGGAUGCUAUCUAGGUCCUAAAGGAAUUUCGACAUAUCUCACUCAUCCUUACGCUUCACCUCUUUUCGGUGAUUUACGUGGAUUACCACCCAUGUUAAUCCAGUCCGGAGACUCGGAAGUGUUGAGAGAUGAAAUCACACUAUUAGCACAUAAAGCAACUUUGGCGGGUGUACAUGUAACACAUGAGUUAUACGAAGAUAUGGUACAUGUCUUUCAAAUGUUUUCGUUUUUACCAGCUACUACAGCGGCUAUAAACAACGUGGGUAAAUGGGUAUGUCAAACCCUACCUUCGAUAGAAGAAAAUAUCCAAGAGAAGAACACGGAUCAUGUCCAAACGAAAUCCAAAGUUGGUAAAUUAGGUGAUGAAAUCGAGAAAGAAAUGGCGACUUCACCAAGAGUAGUGGCUGCUGAAGAUGGUGAAGAAGUAGGAUUGAAAUCACCUUCUACCAUAUCAGGAAGAAACAAGAAGAAUUCAUCUUUACCUAUGAGAUCGGAUGAGUUCACACCUGUAGAAUUAGAUUAUAGAUCAAGUAGAUUGAGAACUCCAAAAUCAUCCGGAUUAAGACUUGAUUUUGGUAAUUUGCAAAGUCAACAAAAACAAUAUCAAGAUUGUGGUCCAACGGUUGAUAUUGAUUCUUUACCUACUCAAGAUGAUCCAAACCCAAAUCCAAACCCAGCAUCAGUAUCAGGAUCGAGAUCGAGAUCGAGAUCAAGAUCGAUAACGCCUACAAUUAGUAGUAGAUCAUCAAUUGAUCUUGGAGGUGUACCAUAUCCACAAUCUAAUGACCCAUUCUCUGGUCCGCAUACAUUACCCAGAUUGAGAAGAUCUUACACAGCGAAUAUUACACCUACUCUCGAAAAUCUCACUCCAUCAUCAUCUCCGAAUACUAGGAGAAGAAGAAGAACUACUUAUUCAUUACAUGUCUCACCUGCUCAAUCGAUAACGAGUGGACCAUCAAAUCCAACUUCACCAACACCAUCUAUAAGAAGAAGACUGAGAGGUUCGACUAUAUCUCAUGCUACAAGUACACCAAGUACAAGAUCAAGAAGUGAUAGUCAUUCAGAUAUAUUCCAAUUAGUAGAGGAUUACGUUGAAGAUGGUCCUGCAAAUACCACAACUGUCAUUGACCCAGAAGGUGAAGUUAUAAGUACUGGUGUAUUAGGUGAAGACGAAGACGAAGACGAUUUCUAA